AUGCAAUUCUCAACUGUCGCUUUAAUUGCUGCCACCGCUGCUAUCGUCUCUGCUGACGUCACCCAAACUGUUGAAUCAACCACCUUGGCCACCAUCACUGACUGUGGUUCAACUGUUUCAUCAUGCCCAGCUUCCACCAUUGCUGAACAAUCUUCAUCAGCUGCUAACGGAACUGCUCCAUCAAACAGCACUACUGCUGAAGUUUCAACUUACGAAGCCGGUGCUGCUAAACAAUACGCUGCCGGUGCCGUCGCUUUGGCUGCCGGUGCUUUAUUGGCCUUAUAA